AAAUAAAAACCCCCUUCUCAUCUCCCUAAAUUAUCGACAUAAUUCUAGGGUUUAUAGAGAGCUUUUGAAAGCGCCGGAAAAGUAACGAAAAUGGGGCACUCUAACAUCUGGAACGCUCACCCUAAGAACUACGGUCCUGGAUCUCGCGCUUGCCGAGUUUGCGGGAAUCCUCACGCAAUCAUCCGCAAGUAUGGUUUAAUGUGCUGCAGACAAUGCUUCCGUAGCAAUGCCAAGGAAAUUGGUUUCAUCAAGUACCGCUGAAGUGCAAUUUGGCAGCAAUGCAGAAGCAGCUCUGAAGUUUUUGUAGAUUGAGUUAUGGAACACUUUUUAUUUUUUUGCGUAAAUGUUGACUUUGGAGUAUGUAAAACCACUGGACCUGUGUGCCAUUGGAAUUUUAAUCUGCUAUGAUUCUAUUAAUGGAUGAGAUUUGAAUGUUCCAAAUAUAUAUAGGUAAUGUUCUUGCCCUGAAAUGUAGUUUCCUGCUGGUUUACGAGCUAUUGCCCUGGAAUAUAUUGGGUGUUAUUUUUGUUUUCUUUUA